AUGAUCACCGCUUCAGUCAUUCUCACCUGGGGCCUCUGCGCCCUCUGGGGUGUCUUCCUCAGUCAAUCCUCGGUCGACCUCCUUGCUACCGUCUCUCGCCUCCGCACCCUCUCCCUCUCCUCGAUCUCUGCCUUCCUGCAGAUCGCUGGUUCCACCAACUUCAAGCGUCUCCAAACCUUGGACUCGAGCACUGUCGCUGCCCUCUCGGGGGGAGCUGACUCGUUCAACAUCCUCGGCGACGGAUUCAAGAACCUCAAGACCGACUCCAGCCACGCACUGAACUCCACACCCGGUCCCAACACGCCCUUCGCACCGCGCGCUCAAGGUUCACUGCAACUCUCCCACCUUGUACACAUCGUCCUCGGCAUCUUCAGCGGCAUCGCAUGUCUCCUCGCUGUGUACGCCGUCUACGAGGUCGUCCGGUAUGGCUACACCGGGUCUUCGAGCACUGUCGAGUUCAUCAUGCAGUUCAAAGACGGUAAAUCGGGCGCGGGAACUCGUAUUCCUGCUGACCUUUUGCCGACUUCCGAGCCCACGAUCAUCCUCGACCUCCACCCCGAAACACCACUCGCAACCAUACUCGGCGACGCCUAUGUAGAUCGCGACCACAGCCACGACGCCACACCCGAAGACGUCUCCUACAACCCACUCGCUUUCAUUUCCAACCGCUCCCCUACGAGCAUCCCCGAGGUGAACAUCGCGGUAUCAAGCCCGAUCUCACCCAUCGUCACGCCCUCCGUGUCGGCCUCCCCUAGUCUUGUGGAUGCAGUCUUGGUGACACCCCCGCCGUCGCGGCCCCUUGUCUACCAGGUUCGCACAGAGCGCUACAAUGCCCCAGCGCCACUGCAGACAGCAGACUCCGAGCGAGAGAAGACCACCGUACCUAUCUGGCACGGUGUUCUGUACGAGGUCGACAUCGCGCGACUCCAUCAGCAUGUCCUCGACGAUCCGUUCGACGAGCCUACACCGGCACCCUGUCUUCUCCCGGCAUUCACCAUCAGGACUGGCGACUUGCAUUCGGGUUCGCUCUUCACGGACGACUACCAGACACCCACGCCAUCCCCCCGCCCACUCCCCACCACAUACACCCGAUCUCACAGCCAGGAGUUCUGGAUGCCAGAGGACUCGGACGACGAGGAAAUAGACGAGUUCCUCCGAUCCGCCCUCAACAUGCAACCCGACCACAAUGCACCCCCCAGGCGCGGAUACUGGCCACGCGACGCGACCACUCCCGUCUGGCACCCUACGAGACACGAACUGCGGGCAUGGCGCCUCUCCCGCCUCGACCACGAUGACCCCUUCCUCGACGAGCCCGUUCCUCGGCCAACUCUCCCCAACUCGCCGCCUCUCCCGUCCUUCGAAUCUUUCGCUUCCGGACUCCGCCCAUGGUCGUUCGCCACCCACUCUUCGUCCUCGUCAGAAUCCUCUGCUUUGGAGACCUCUGCCUCGGUCUCCGACACUUCCUCGGCAUCCCUCCAGGCUCACUCGCCAACCCCGGCCUCACCCUUCACUACCUCUUUCGCCAACACCGAGGAAGACGACGAACAGACGCACGUCUUCGGCAUCCCACUCUCCAACCUCAACCGGUUCCCUUCCACACAUCGCGACCCGGACGAGGACGAGAUCGACGAGUACAACCGCAUCGCGCUCAACCUUCCGCGGGACUCCAGCACCGUACCCUCUGCGGACUGGGUGCUCCCCAGCGACUAUGACGAGGACUGGGAGGAAUUCGACGCUGUCAUGUGCCUCUUCCCUCCCCUCCCCCUUCCUGCGGACAUGGAGGAUCCGUACGGAGAGCCGAGGGCGCCAGUGGAUUCACCAUGGGAUGAAGACGACGACAAGACACGCGUCUUCGGCAUCCCUCUCACCGACCUCGACCGCACUCCCUUCACGCAGCGGGACCCAGACGAGGAGGAGCUCAACAAGUACCUCUGCGCCGCCCUCAACUUGAAGGUCCGACCCGAGUGCAACGUCCCGCCCGCACGGGGAUGGUGGAAGGGCAGCGAGUACGACAAGGCGAAACUCGACGAGUUCCUUCGCAUCGCGCUCACCAUGCCGCUCGACUCCGCUCUGCCCUCGACAGGCUGGCUUCUCCCUAGCGGCCACGACGAGAACCGGCAUAGGGACGAGCUUGCCGCCUAUGCCUACCCCGGAUUUCCCAUCCCCGAGCACCUGAGGAUUCCAGUAGUGAGGAUUCCAGUAGAUACAGGAUAG